AUGUCUUCUUCAGAACAGAAGCCAGUUAUUAUUGUCGGCGCAGGUUUAGCUGGCCUCGUCACAGCCUUUGAGCUUUCAGAGAAAAACAUACCAGUCCUUCUUGUCGACCAAGAAAAUGAACAAAACCUCGGCGGCCAGGCGUUUUGGUCGCUUGGAGGCGUUUUCAUGGUCGAUUCGUCGUACCAGCGCAGAAUGGGAAUCAAAGACUCUCGAGAACUAGCCAUGAGAGACUGGUUCGGUUCAGCAAGGUUCGAUCGUGAAGAGGAAGAUUACUGGCCAAGGAAAUGGGCCAAAGCUUUUGUCGACUUUGCAACAGACGAGAUGGAGGAUUAUGUCAAAGCUCGAGGACUAGGCUUUUUGUUUAAUGUUGGCUGGGCCGAGAGGGGAGAUGGUACUGCUACCGGUCAUGGCAACUCUGUCCCCAGAUUCCACGUCAGCUGGGGUACAGGACCAGAGGUAGUCAGGGUCUUUGCUGACCCUGUCAAGAAAGCAGCCGAGAAGGGUAUCGUGACAUUCAAAUUCAGACACACUGUUGAUGAGUUGAUUGUCGACGAUGCCGGGCGAGCUGUGGGAGUCAGAGGUCGCAUUCUAGAAGACGACGAUGCUGGACGCGGGAUAAAAUCGUCGCGCAUCGAGAAGGACAAGUUUGAAAUUUACGGAUCAGCUGUUGUUGUUUCUUCAGGUGGUAUUGGAGGUAACGUCGAUGCUGUCAAGGCGGCAUGGCCUGUUGACCGACUGGGUCCCAAGAUACCAGAGACCUUUGUCGUUGGUGUUCCUGCACACGUCGACGGACGAAUGAUUGGCAUUUCAGAAUCCGCUGGCGCACACGUUAUCAACCGCGAUCGCAUGUGGCAUUAUACUGAAGGCCUCCAGAACUGGAACCCCAUCUGGCCUGGACACGGGAUCCGAGUCCUUCCGGCUCCUUCGUCGCUAUGGCUUGAUGCAACUGGUAAACGACUUCCUCCGUUCCUCUACCCUGGCACAGAUACUUUGGCGACACUCAAGUAUAUCUGCAGCACCGGGUACGACUAUACUUGGUUUAUCCUCGACCAAAGCAUCAUAGCUCGCGAAUUCGCCCUAUCUGGCUCGGAACAGAACCCAGACGUGACUGGAAAGAGCAUCUGGAUGCUGCUCACCCGCGUAUUCGGCAAGAAGGGCACUGUCCCCGUUCAAAACUUCCAAAAGCACGGCAAAGACUUUGUCGUACGCGACAAUCUGGAAGAUCUAGUCGCUGGCAUGAACGAGCUGGCCAAAGAGCGCAAUGGUCCUUUGUUAGGGUACGACGACAUCAAGGAAGUUGUCGACGCCAGAGAUAGUCAGAUGGACAACCCCUACUCCAAAGACGCUCAAGCCAUGCUCAUCCACAACGCCAGGACAUAUUGGCCCGAUAGUCGUAGUCGUGUUGCACCACCGCAUCGUCUCCUCGAUAAGGCUCACGGGCCGUUGAUCGCGGUGCAGAUGAACCUUCUUACACGCAAGACGCUCGGCGGUAUCGAGACGAACUUGGAUAGUAACGUUAUGCGGACCGAUGGUACUCCAUUCCCGGGGCUGUACGCCGCUGGUGAAGUAGCUGGCUUUGGAGGUGGCGGUGUUCACGGGUAUAGUUCGCUUGAGGGAACGUUUGUGGGAGGUUGCAUCUUUUCGGGACGGGCUGCGGGCAGAGCACUUGUUCGUGAGAUUUUGGGAGAGGACAUGUCUGGGGUUAAGACAAAUGGAAAGCCUGUCAACUCUCGACUUUGA